GAAAAAGUCAGGUAAAAGGGUGGAAAGGAGAACGAAAGUUAUGCGUAGCUUCCAGUUCACGCCUUGAUGGAGCAUAACUUGUGAAUUUACGCAUAGUAACUAGGAAUUCAUUUCAUUUCAUAUCUUCCCAUGAAUACAAACUUUGAGUAGUGAGUCUUCUGACUCUCCGUAUUCUCUGUGGUUCAUUUAUUUUUUGCGUAUACCGAGAUAUAGAACCAGUGAUUGAAGCAUCAUAUCAAUCUCAGAUGUCGUUAUAUUUAAUUGUCGUGCUGUUCCUCUAUACGAUGAUGAAUUCAACUUUACUUUAACCACCUAUUUUUCUUUUGGUCCUUUUCCAGAUUGAAAGAAAACAAAGUCUUCACCUCUUACUACUCGUCAUAUAUUUCUUUUCGUUCAUGUCGCUGGCAGCAGUAGCUCAAAUUACUUCUACUUCGAAUAUAUUAAAAAAUGCGAAAAUAUGUAAAGACCUAAUUGGAGAGGCUGCAUCCAAGGGAGCGAAAUGCGUUUUCUUUCCUGAAGCUUCUGACUUUAUUGCUCACAAUAGCUCUGAAGCUUUACAAUUAAGUCGUCACCCUGACUGUUCAGCCUUUGUAAACCAAAUAUGCGCUGAAGCUAAGCAGAAUUCAAUUUAUGUACAAAUUGGGGUUCAUGAGCCUUCUGCUAUCGAAAACAAGCUACUAAACAGUUCUCUUCUUAUAGAACCCGAUAAGGGAAUUGUUCAGCGAUACAACAAGACUCAUUUAUUCGACGUCGACAUUGCAAAUGGUCCAGUUUUGAAGGAAUCAAAUACUACUGUAGCAGGUAAUGCAAUUCUUCCCCCGUUCGAGACUCCAUUAGGAAAAGUCGGGUCCGCUAUAUGCUUUGAUUUACGAUUUCCAGAACAUGCCUUAAAACUUCGUAACAUGGGAGCACAGAUUAUAACUUACCCAAGUGCUUUUACGCAAAAGACAGGCGCUGCUCAUUGGGAAGUUUUGCUUAGGGCCCGUGCGCUUGAUGCUCAAUCUUAUAUUUUUGCUUCUGCUCAAGGGGGGAGCCAUAAUGAAAUACGAGCUAGUUAUGGUCACGCUAUGAUUGUUGAUCCUUGGGGAACGGUCGUUGCUCAAUACAGUGAUCUUGCAUCUCCUAAUGGUCUCAUUUUCGCCAACGUCGAUUUAAACCUUGUUGAACAUGUUCGAAAAUUCAUUCCCUUAUUUCGAAGGAAUGAUCUAUAUCCUGCUAUGUAAAUAAUAUAUUAUAAAUAUAUAUUGAACCCUUGCUCUGAGUGGUGAACAUAUGUGAACACUGAUCCGAGCACACAGUAUACCAAUCCAAAAACAAAACCCCAUUCUCAUUUGUCAUACAGUAAUCGAACAAAUAUAUUUAUAUAAUUAAUGAAAUCCUAAAUGCAA